CGCUUCUUUGCAGUCCGCGGACUCUCUCAGGAGAAGCCGCCGCCGCCAUCACCCAUGUCAGCUCCCGCCAACGUGAUGAGCACAGCCGAGGACCUCGCCGACCAGUUUCUGCGAGUGACCAAACGUUUCCUGCCACACAUAGCCCACUUGUGUCUGAUCAGCACCUUCCUGGAGGAUGGCUUUCGCAUGUGGUUCCAGUGGAAUGAGCAGAGGGACUACAUCGACCUGACCUGGCACUGCGGCACCUUUGUUGCCGUUAUGUUCGUUUUCCUCAAUAUGGUCGGGCAACUAGCUGGAUGCAUUCUGGUGCUGACUCGGAAGUUUGUGCCUUACGCUUGCUGUGGCUUAUUUGUACUCAUUGCAAUGCAGACAGUCGCUUACAGCAUUUUAUGGGAUCUCAAAUUCUUGAUGAGGAACAUGGCACUGGGAGGUGGGUUGCUGCUGCUGCUGGCGGAGUCUCGAUCGGAAGGGAAGACCAUGUUUGCGGGGGUCCCCACCAUGGGCACCAACUCGCCACGUCAGUACAUGCAGCUGGGGGGCCGUGUCUUACUCGUCUUGAUGUUCAUGACUCUCUUGCACUUCUCCUUGAACGCACUUAAUAUCCUCCAAGACAUCGUGGGCACCACCUUGAUCAUCCUAGUGGCCAUCGGCUUCAAGACCAAGCUGGCUGCCCUGACGUUGGUGGUGUGGCUGUUCGUGUUGAACCUGGUACAGAACGCCUUCUGGUCGAUCCCCUUCUACAGCCCCAUGCACGACUUCCUAAAGUAUGACUUUUUCCAAACCAUGUCUGUGAUCGGAGGCCUGCUGUUAGUGGUGGCUCUGGGACCCGGGGGAGUCUCCAUGGAUGAACACAAAAAGAAGUGGUGAGGAGGUUAGCCCUGGUCUCAGAGAAAUAUAUAUAUGUGUAUCGUGUCUAGUCCUGUAAUUUUUUUUAAUUAUUUUUACAAUUUCGGCAUCGGUUACCUCCGCUAUCUUGAGUCAGUCUAGAUGAAUGUGUUGUGUUUCUUUUGUUGGUUUUUUUCCUCUCUCCCUUACCUCCCCCUCGCCACCCCACCUACCUCCUUUAUUUGGUUUGUUUCGUGUGAAGCAUAAAUUCGUACACUACGGUUUGUCGUGUCUCUCCCCCUCCAUCCCCCCCACCCUGCCCUCAUUC